CUUGCCGAUGAGAUUGCCCUUAUAUGUUGUCUUGUUUCUGUUCCAGUGGAAAGGAUAGUAUUCUCAUAACUGAACCAUUUGUUGCAGUCAUUAAGUCUUCAAGAAUCUCAAGAAAAUGCUUGCCGUAUUCCAUAAAUCCCUGACGGAACCGUCUCUCAAACUGAUGGGAACGGUGGUGGUUGACAACCUUCCGACGGAGCAGUCCGAGGAAACGAUGAAAGAGCUGUCGCGUCUCUUCAAAGACGAGCACAAAGAGCCCAUGGCAAUACACUUGCUUCCGCAUUGCAUUCUCAAUACCGUGCUUGAUCAUAAAUCCGUGAUUACUCCAAGUGUUUUGGCGGUCAAAGAUGAUGUCGUUUGCAUCUUUCGAGGAACUAUUGAGAACAGAGCGGAAAUUGCGGCUUCGUGUCACCAUCCGAUACCAAAGAAGGACGCUGUUGUUGUGUUAUGGGUUUACAAUAACUUGGGUACUAAAGAGGACGAGACUCCAUGGAUUGACGCAGUCAAACAGUUCAAAGGUGGUUUCUCGUUUGUCCUAUAUGAUGCAAAGAGGAAGAGCUUUUUUGUCACUUCGGGUCUUGAUGGCAUUCCAUGCUAUUGGGGACUUUCCCAACAUGGUACCAUCCUCUUCUCGUCUUGCUUGGAGAUGGCGAGCACAAAGUGCGAAAACUUCUAUGGACAAAUACCCAAGGGUUGUUACUAUGCAAGUGGAAAAGGUUUGAGGAACUUUGAAACUCCAGAUGUCGAGUUGAAGCCUGAGUUUGUACCACCACCAGAGAACCAAUAGAAGGGCCCAAUUUGUACGAGAAUCUAUAUAUCUUGCCACUAUGUACUAGACCAAUAUAAACAUAGUUUUUUUUUUCUUUUUUGGUCAAAGACCCAA